AAUGAUACCUGACAUUGAAAUGUCGUACAUGUGUGCACUUCACUUGAUUGAACCUACUCUACAGAAACAAACAAACAAUUAUUAUGUACGUCACGGUUAAUGCAAUUCUACCAAUAAUUACUAUCAUAGCAUUCAUAGCAAAUGUGCUUUUGCCACGUAAACAUAAACAAAUACAUUUCAGGGUAUAUUGUAACCAUAUCUAGUUUCAAAAGAAGCUGCAAAGUGAAAUAAAGAGUGAUGGCAGCUUCUGAAGAUUCUGUUAAAGAAAAGCUCACAGAUUCUCUAUCACAGCAACUAAGUGAAUAUGAAUUACUGAAAUCCAUGUAUCCGAACAGCGAAGAUAUAAUUUUAACUGACACAAAUAUUCUUGUGGACAUAGCUAAUUUUGUGGAAAAUGAAUCAGGAACAGAAUAUACCCCUGGCCAUUUGGAUUUUACCUUAAACCUUAAUGUAGAUGGUUUAAAAUUAGAAGUCAGUGUUAAUUUACCCACCUUUUAUCCAAGUGAAGAGGCAGAUCUAUAUGUAAGGUGUAAUCAAUUGAAUCGCUACCAGGAGACAAGCUUGAAUUCAGAAUUGUCUAACUUUCUUAAAGAAAAUUUUGUUGGAGAAGUAUGUAUAUAUUCUGCAGUGUCAUGGUUACAAGACAACAUAACAAAAUUUACUGAACAGCUGACAAACAAAACUAGUGCAGAUAUUAUUUCAGAGCCGAAAUCUAAAAAUAAUGAUAAAUUUGUCAGAUUGUGGAUUUAUUCUCAUCACAUAUACAACAAAAGGAAAAGAGAUGAAAUACAAUCAAAAGCCAAUGAUUUGAACUUGACAGGGUUUUGCCUGCCUGGCAAGCCUGGUAUUAUUUGUGUUGAAGGUGCUGACAGUGACUGCAAGGAAUGGUGGUCAAUCAUUAAAAGCAUGUCAUGGAAAAAAAUUGUUGUCAAAAAUACUGAAACUUUUGAAAUUAGUGAAAAAGAAAAAGAACAAAGAUUUCACAAGUUUCAAGAACUCCAUUUUCCACAUGCAUCAGUGCGUUCUAAGCAUGCAGAUAUGAGCGGACUUUCCAAGUACAUGGAUGAGCGUGGACUCACUGAUAUAUUUAAGAAUAUGUUUGGGAUAAGUGAAAUUUGACAAGGGUCUUCUGGAAGAGUACAUACCAAAUAAUACCUAACCAGAUCGUAUUUUGUAAAAUACUGGACAUUUUGCUGUAAAACCAGCAUUCAAGAAUAUGUUAGAACAAGAACUAAUAGUUGUAAAACUCAUAAAUGUUGUAAAGUACUCCUUAUUGGUUUUAAGUUAUGCUGGAUGAAAUAAUUAAAUACAACUGCUAUUAACAUGUUUUGAGCCCUAGUUGUUUAUUAGUAAUCAAUUAGACUCUUUGUCAUGCUUUAACUGCUUACCUAUUUUGUUUCGAGUCAAAAGGAUAAAGACCAGGCUAUUAAAAAAAAAUCAUAUUUGAUAUGAUUUUGAUCAUUGCAAUUUUCAUCAGUUUUAAUAAAAGCUUUCUAACAGUA